UUGAGAUAACGAUAUAGAUGCGUACCUGUGUGGUCGACAAUAAGGUAACUGUGCAUAUAUUGAGGUAGAUGUUUUAUCAUACUGUAACCGUUAGAUUCCAUGCGGCCAGAUAUGCAGUAUGACUCACGGUUCACAGCAAUGACUACUAUAGGUAGCUUACUUCAGCCACGCUGUGUCACUGCUGAUUUAAAAAAAAUAAGUCUGAGUCUAUUGAGUGUUUGAGUCACAAGCUGUUUUGUCUGGUGCUGUGUCGUCUCGGGACCUUGUCAUCAUUCUUGCAGGGCUCGGCUGUUGCUUCGUUCCUUUAUUUAUUCCUCUGUUUAAGUGGAUCUAUAUCCGUGUGUUAGCCCAUCACGAAUGUGUGUACUUCUUCCAAGAAGUCUAUACCCUCUCCAUAAAGCAUAUUAGCGGUGACGUCACGGACGACACCUGAACAGCGAGAUUUGAACUGGGACAGUGGCGUGUGAUAAGACGGACAGACAUGUGCUGGAAAGGUGCAUCAUGUGGUCUUUGUGAGGCAUUUUUACAAAACUUGUGAUAAGGAAAGCUAAUGGUCUUCUGCAUGUCUACAAGGUUUCCCUUAAACAGUGGGAGAUAGAACUACACCUCAUAACACCAUCUUGCUUCGUUCACGAUAUUUAACUUCGGAGCCUGCUAUAUUUCCCAUCAUUUCUACAUUUCCAAGUGUCGACAUAUUAAUUCCAUUGAUUCUUGGAUUUUUUUGAAGAUCGUGUUACGUUUCCUGGAAUUACUCGCGUCUGAGGAGAGUUGUUUUGUUAUCGAAUAUUUACCCAGAGACUUAGCGUAUUUAUAUACAAAUACGCUGGUGUGGGACAUUUAAUAUAUAGUUAUAAUCGUUUAUAUUUGUAUUCAUUUAAGAUUUAAUAUUCUUGUUAAUUAUAUUGAUGAGAAAGUACAAGAAAAAAAUAUUUGUGAAUUUUUCGUGAUCAUAUUUUUUACGAAAUAUUUAAAAAAAGACUUUGUAAUAUUUGUAACAAACAAAAUACAACCAACGUCUUUCAUAUUUACGGAGCGUCUUUUUUUCCGGGAAAAUCUCGGAGUUUCUAUGUAUUAGUUGAGUUUGUUAUGGCCAUGGUGAACACAAUGCUGAAUCUGUCAUCUGCUGUGAAGGACUCGAGGUGGCUCACUCUAGAAGUCUGCCGGGAAUAUCAGCGCAACAAAUGUUCGCGAACUGAAAAUGAGUGCAAGUUCGCACACCCUCCGCCCCACGUCGAAGUCCAAAAUGGCCGUGUUACGGCUUGCUUUGAUUCUAUAAAGGGUAAAUGCCAGAGAAAAGAUCCUCCAUGUAAAUAUCUACAUCCUCCACAACACCUACGGGAACAGUUGCUACAGAACGGCAGAAACAACCUGAUAUUACGCAAUCUCCAGAUGCAGGCUGCGCAACAAGCAGCACUGCAACCCCUUAUGCCUAUUCAGACCAUGUUGUAUGAGACUGCGAGCAGCAACAAACCGACCAUGGCGACAUAUCCCACUCUUGUGCAAGGGCAGUACCAAAUGGUGGCACACCCCUACUUGGGAUCAAUACCGACGUCCAUGGCCUUCAACCCUUACGCCACCAUAAACCAGGGCAAUGUACAAACAGUGGCAGUGCCCGGGGGAGGGGAUACCACCAUGGUGACCAGCCCGCUCCAAGGAGUCUUACAAGCGAUUCCCUCCCAACAGAAGAUGGCAUCCUCCCGGCCCGACAGAUUAGAGGUUUGUCGUGAAUAUCAAAGAGGUACUUGCACGCGACAACCUAGUGAGUGUCGCUAUGCACACCCUCCAGAUAAUGUAACAGUCGACACGGCCGAGAAUCAGGUCACUGUUUGUAUGGACUUUGUAAAAGGAAAGUGUACACGGGAUUCGUGUAAAUAUUUCCACCCACCUGCACACCUCCAGGCUCUGAUCAAAGCCACCCAACAGCGAUCUAACACCACUGCUGCUCAAGCUCAAGCUCUGCCGCAAGUGGUUGAGGUCAUUCCAGGCAAGAAGCGACCUCGUGACCAUGCCGAUGACUUCGUUCUGCAGGGUGCAUUACCUGGUGUGAUACCCUACAAACGUGUAGCGGUUGCUGAUGGCAAAAGUGGAUUACCUAUGUAUCAUCCCGGCGCAAACUUCGCCUACCAACAGGCGCUACAGGCCAUGCAGUUACAACAGCAAUAUGUGCCAGCUACAAGUUUUUAUAUUUCAGAUACAAAUAAAAGUGGCAUUCCAGUUCCUACCCAGAUAUCACAGUCAAGUCCCCUGCAGCAGGCCAUGCAGAUUCCCCAGCAGCAUCUAGUUCCAGUAACACUUGCUGGACACCCUCCCAGUUUGCCGAGAUUUUAAGUUGGGCCGGUGUACAAGGCCUGAAUGCAAGAGUGUGCAUAUAAUGGAGGAUUAUGUUGAAGUGAAGGACGGACGGGCGGCAGUGUGUCGAGACGCAGUACGUGGAAAGUGUACGCGUGCGAUGUGUAAAUACUACCACAUCCCAGUACCACUUCCUCCUUCCAAGUAACCAGGGCCACAUUGCAUCAUGAUUCUUUUUCAUUUAGUUGCCAUGACAACCAGGAGGAAAAAAAACGUGGGUCAGUGCGUUCUCAAUAUAUGUUUGAUUUGUUUUUAAUACAAAUGGAUUUUACGUGUUUGUAUUUCACAAAGUUUUACAAGGAUUAUUAUAUAGGUGUGUGUGGACAGAAAUCGCGGGGACGAUCCAUACACAGUAUAACUGAUGUUAUAACAGUGAUCUUGAAAUCGUAGACUUUGACCUUGUAUUCUUCCUUGCCAAUGGAUUUUUCUACAAAUGAUUCCUGCCCAAGGGAUCAUGGUGCUAUGGAAAUGAAUCCGCGAAAGGAAUCCGGUGAUGACCUUUUCUCUGACCUUGACAAUGACCUUGACCUGUGUAUAAAAUGUGAAGGAAUCAUAGUAUAUUGAUUGUGUGAGAAUUGUGCAAGGCCUGUUGUCAGGUUAUUCAACAACAAAUUCAAGGAGUUAGUGGCAAGAACGUACUUGCAGCAAAGGAGAUGGAAAAGUCGUCAAAAAAAAAGGAUAAUGCAUUUUUUUUCCAGAUUUCGGAAAUUUCAAUUUUUAUUUACAUUCAAGUGAUAGAGUAUACAACAAAAAAGAAAAGAUUUUACUUGUAAAAGAUAUUCUCCACAAUAUUGAAUAUUGCUCAAAUAUUUUUGUUGUUUGAUCCUUUUCAUCAAAGAAAAACCUUGUUAUAUGAUAACGUAAGUCAAUUUAAAAAAAUUCCCUAGUUGCUAGGCGAUAAAAUAACCUUGAUAAACUACGCAACUAAUUUUUUAGCCUAAUUUUAAUUUUUGAAAUUUGGGCGUUAGUUAUGGAUUGAUUUGUAUCAUUUUUAAAAAGAAUCCUUGCUUAGCCUGCCAUUUCCUUGCUGUUUUUCCCCCAUAAUGCUAUAUACAAUAUGGCGACCCGGAGUGAAGCCCUGCUAGCCUUUGAGAGUUUUAAGCAGCUAUGAUUUUGAAGUGUUUAUUUUGUACCUAUGGAGAUGCACGUCGCACACAUGACGAGAGAAUACUGCGUUUGAUAUGUAUAGAUUACAUUGUUUUACACGUACUUGCAUGACUGUGAGAGGAACAGUGGGGAAUUGUGACACAUUUUAACAGCAGAGUUAUGUCCCUUGGUCACUUCAACAUGGUACUCGGUAAACCUAGAUGUGUAGAGGGGGAAUGGUUCUAUGUUUUUUAAUGUACAGUAUUUUCUUUUUCCGUUAGGCCUAAAUAUCCAGUUUGCCUACUGGUAGGUUGAUGCUACAAGGCCAGUGAUUGGUCAAACCUGAUGGAUCAAUAUGCUCUGGAUUUGGUCAUUGGUCGAUACCUUGUAUCUGAUUAGCAAGACUUUUCCAAUUAGAGAGCUUGAGACCAGGUUUUUGUAGAUCAUCUGAAUGCCAAAUACAAGGCGGAUAGCAAAUUUCACAAGCUGAACAAGAAGGAUCAUUUCCCCUUUACACAGAAACCCGUUUUUUGAAACGUUUGUGUACCUGAUGAUGUUUGUUAUAACUGUAAUUUUUUAGUUAAGAUACUGUUGUAAAUUAUAUAUUUUGAUGAAAAAGGUGCAAUUUCUUCUACAAGGUGCACACUAAACUAAUUUGUUAUAAUGAACAAUUGUUUGUUUGUUUUUUUGUAUUUUUUUUUUCAAAACUGUGCCAUAAAUUUUUCUCUGCUGAUGAUGGUAGGGAAACAGUAUGUAUGCCCUUCUGUGCUGAAGGUCACCGCCACUGUUCAAUAAUAUCUGUUUGACUGUUUCAAGAUUUGUAUGUAUAAAAAGACCUGAACUAAGGUCACGUGUUCCAAGCAUUUAAUGUUCAUAUUUUAAUUAAUCUAAAAUAAACCAUUGUUAGUGACAUUUGUUAGAUUAAAUUUAUUAACAAGAUGUAGCUGGUAACCAUGGUUACAUCUUUUGAUUGAAGUACGAUUCAUCAAACGAGAAAUUGUCACAAAUUCUAAGUUACAAGAAUGAGUGUUAACAAAACCAAUCAUUAUUUUGACUGGACAAAGGCUUUUUGUUCAUACAAUUCCUUAUGUGUACAAUAUUUUUCUUAUAUAUUAGAGUAUCAUUAUCGGUGGUAGUUAUAUAAGUAGUAUUUAACCUUUCUUCCCCACUUACAUAAUGGUACCACCCUGUGACCCAGCUUCUCUAUUAGAUCCCCUGUUCCACUUAUGGGGAGAGUCCAAUAAGAAAGUUGGGGUUUGACAGGGCGGCCAUUCUCGACUUUGUUUUUGAGAGACAAACGAUGUAGCCUUAACUGUUAUAUGUAUGUGAUUUUGAACUAGACAUGUUGUUACGACCAUUUUGAUUGGUCAAUUAAGCAUGCCAUGUGACUGAAUAUAUCCAAUUAGCACAAAUGUCAUUUUUUUGGUGGAUUAUCAUACCAUAUUUGGAGUGAGAUGCAUGUCGAGUGGAUCAGAGGGUGUUAAGUGGACUGUUAUAGAAUUUGUGUAUAUAUAUUUUACAUGUCUCAAAUUGAAGAAAAACCAAAUAUGUUUACUUCAUCUGUUUGAAUGUCUACAUAUCACUGUCCAUGUCAUGUACCGAUUCAUUGCCCUGAAACGGGAGAUGAUUUCGGCUGAGAAAGCCAGACCUUUAAAACAGGUGAUGGGAAAGGUCAUACAAAUGCAGAGUUCUAAUUCUAGAUAUUUUGGGAAAUAUAUCAGCAUUAAUGUAAACUUUCAGACCUAUCGCUUCAUUACUGUGAUGUACUGAACGUCCAACAACAAAACUUCCUACUUGCUGUUGUAAUUAGAUGUAAACCUCUUCUUAACCCCAUUUUUGAUACACCACUAUCUAAAUAACAAUGUUUGUUUCGGUUACUAUGAAAUUUUGUACACUUUGUCCUUUGACCUUUGACCUUUCCCAUUCGGUUAUAGGUUUCGAUCUGUUGGUAGCAUUGAAAAUAUUGAACCCAUCAUUUCUUCCAAAAUGUGAUUAAAUUCAAUAAUUAAAUAUGCAAGAAAGACUAUUUUUUCCAACAAAUUUUUCAAAUUUUUGAGAAUUAAAUUCUCGCCUUUUGGGCUAUUUUUAUCUCUUUUAAUUUUUUUCGUUUCUUUUACUCAGUGGAUUUUGAUAUGCGAUUUGUAUUUUCUCAUUUCGUUCUAUAUAUAUUGUUUGAUAGACUAUGACAUAGCAUAAUAGCGUAUUCGGCUCGUCCCGUUCCACUGCUACACACGUUUUAUAAUGUUGCAGCCACAGUACAAUGAAAAUGUCAAAGUUAUCCAAUCUGUUUGCUCUCGUUCUCUUUAAUAUAUUCUUUUUAUUGGACAAAACCUGUUAGAGGGAUAUUUUUGGUUAAUUGGUUUUUGUUGCUGAAUUUCCAGGAUUUGUUUUCUCAUGGUAACAAAAUUCAAUGUCUGCAGCGAUAUCUGCAUACGCAGUGUUUUUAUGAAAAGCACCCAAGCCCUCGAGCGGCGUGUUCAUAACUUCAUUUCAAUCUGUGUGGUUUUGUGAUAACUUGUUAUGUAUGAUACAAAACCUGUUUUAACUGCAGAAUAUUAGACAAUUUUACAGAACUGGGGGUGAUCUGCAGAUUCAAUGUGAGUCGUUAUAUGUUAUUUUGUAGUAUCUUCUGCCCAAACAUGCAUACUUGUGAUAUUUCCUAUCGCCAGUCGACAGAUUUAGGUAGCCACAGACAUGUUUAUAUAACUAGUUGAUGUGAGGUCAUAUGUUGAUGAAUUUAUCUUUUUUUCUUCUUCAAAUUAUAAGAGAGUCAAACUCUUGAUUGUACAUGUGAUUAGCCAUAGAAAACUGUUACCAUGGUGAUAAUGUGUGUCGUAAAUUUUGAAGGAAUGAAGAACCUUGUUGUCAAGGCUACAAAUGUUUCUGUUCAGAAGUGUGAUUGGUUGUUGGAAAAUAGUAAAAUUGUUUCAUGAUUUGAUAAGUUAGCUCUUCAAUUUGAAUAAACAGAUUUUUGCAAGGAACACCUGUGUUAUUUAGGAGGUCAAUAUGAAGUAGGUUGUAGAUCUAAAAUGAGAGACACCAAAUAUAAGUUGGUAUGCUUUGGAAGGUUAUUUUCUUGGGUAAGUUGUGUUCCAGGGGGAAGGUGUCAAAGACAUAGGUAGGCUGUUGUUCAAUGAUAGGAAUGAUAUUAUGCAGAAGUGUAAUCCUGAGUAGGUUGUAGUUCUGUGGCAGGACACUAGGGUUACAUGAAGGAGGUUUGUCCUAGGGGUAGGUUGUAGGUCUGUUUCAAGACUUGACAGAUUCCUUGUAGUAACACUACAGUCAAAUUCUUUUUUUACUGUUUUCUUGGGUCACUUCGAAUUCACAGACUGUUUCUUAACCACCCCAGCACUGAUGGUUGUUGUCGUUAGCAUAAAAUCCUAUUUUUCAGGUGAAAUUUUCCCAUCAAAUUCUGCAAUUUAUCUUUAGAGCUGGAUACAACAGUUGCCAUAAAUUCGGAUCACAGCCGAAAAAAAAGAAAGAAAAAUUGUGUUCAAUUUAAGAAAUCCAAUGACAGGGAUUUUUACCACUUAUUGUUAUGUCACAGUGAAAAUUUCAGUCAUUCAAGUGCCAUAUCUGAGAACCUGAUUUUCCUUUGAAAUUGCUUUUGUAAGCUGUUAUACAAAUAGUGCCACCCCUUUACACAGAUCAACUACAAAAUUGUUACAAAGUCAGUUGGAAGUGCUGCACAUCAAUAUAUUGCAUGAAAUCCAUUUUGCCAUAUUAAACUUAUACUGGUACUUUGAAGUAUAAGAAAAAAUGCCAUAUUUUAAGUGCUAAAAGAUUAUAUUAUGUGUGUGUUAAUGUGUGCGAGUAUGUAUGUAUGUAUAUAAUGAUUCAAAUUUUGACCUUUGACAUGUGUGGUUGACCUUUGGGCAGAAGUUACUACGAACUUGAUUAUUAAAAAUGUUACAUGUAGUUGAUGAAUUUUGUAUAACAUAGUAUAUCUAUCUUGCUUGUGGUUUCAUGUGCAUAGGGCUGUGGUGUGAGAGUUCAAACUCCAAAGAGCCUUUGUGUCAGGCACAGCGAUUGGUCCAACACAUAACCUACCAGUUGUUUGUGUUGGAUACAUCAAUUGGUCCUUACUGUUUUUUGUGUCAUGCACAGUGAUUGGUCCAUUACAAAAACCAAGCACUUCUUGUGUCAGACAUGAUGAUUGUUCCAUUACAGUAACCAAACAAUCUUUGUGUCGGACACAGUGAUUGGUCCAUCACUCCAAACCCAGACAGUCUUUGUGUCAAACACAACGAUUGGUCAAUCACAUAGUCACAUAUUCUGUUGUAUUAUUGUUGUUUAUCUGGUGACACAUUUACUGUGUGUGAAAUGGUUGAUGUCCUUUGACGAAAAAGAAAUGAGUACUUUUUUUUAUUGAUUAUAUCAUUUUCUUUUGGAAUGGUUCGAAUCUUUGAUGAUAAUAUUACUUGUAUUAGAUAUAUUGGUUAUUAGUUAAAGCGUUCAGUUUAAAGUAUAGAUAUUGAGGUACGACAACAUCUGAUGAGGUCGUAGCUAUUUUAGUCAGAAUGGUAUCGGAGUCACAAAGGAGUACGAUAAAGAUCCUGUUACUAUAUAUAGACUGUUACCGUAGACGUAGAUCCUGUUUAUGUUAUGCCCAAGGGGAGGGCAAGAUAUAUCUUAGUUGUAUGAUGAAUGUGUGGUAUGGGAACGGCAUCAUGUGUGAUAACAUGUGACCGAUCAAUGAUGGGCGAUGUACACAACAAACUGUGUCCGUAGCUCAUGGUGAUGAUAGACGGUGUGACACCCAUUUUUCGCUUUGUAAGCUUUUGUGUGAGCUGUUAAUUACUUAACCAAAGGGGUUGUCUAACAGCCCCUAGCAAAGUGCCCAAAAUGCCAUAUGCGGAUUGCUGAGUUUAAAACAGCUGAUGUCUAACUAUAAUCUAGUAUAACAAGUCUAUGUCACACUAUUAUGCUGGUCAAGAUUUAAAAACUCAUUUAAGCUGAAUAUUUUAUCAGGAAAUUUACUUAAUGUGUUUUAAUGUUGAGCAUGAAAUUUCCAAUAGGGCAUACAUUGAUUUUCCAAGUUAUGUGAGGAAAAUAGUUCAAAAUGUUUUUAAUGUUUUUUUAUUAUUUUAAAUUACUGUUUUCUUAUUCCAGAAGUGUCCUGGUGUUUACUGAAUGAUAAUAUGAUUAGGUCCGGGGAGCAAUAUAGUUGUACGUGACACAGACUUGUUAUAAAGGGUUAUAGCUUUUAGAAUUAACAUUUUAAAAAAGUGGAACUCACUGUAGGUUUAUUUUGAAAGCAGUUAAAAACUGCAUUGGUGCAGAGGUCAUGUAUGUGUUUAAGAUCAGAAAUAUGAAAGUUAAGAUUGUUCAAAUAAAUGAUUGAAAAUAUUGAAGUAUUGAAAUAUACCCUAGGAAAAGAUGGAUUUUUUGAGAACUGAAAUGGAAUCAUUAACACAAUGAUUGGAAAACAUUGUUAUUUUGGGUUUUUAUUGUAUUGAUAUAUAUUCUUUUCAUUUCUGUGUUUAAUAUUGAUAUAAAUUGUCAAAAACAGUAUGGUUAGUUUUCAACUGUUGUAAAUUUUUCAUUAGUAACCAUGGUUUCAAUGCCAUACUCUCCGGUGAAGGUCUUUAUAAGCAAAAGAGACUUAGCAGAAUUGUUUUAUAGAAGUAUAAACAUUCAAUGUAGAAUUUCAAUGGUUUAAAUGACCUUACACUGAAAUCACCUCCUAUAUAACUUUAUAGUAGAUUCGCUUGAGCUUUUCGCCAGACGACUUAUUGUAAAGUCGUCCAACCAUGCUUUUAUUUGUGUCAUGUCUGCCUUCGCUUCUGACUCUUUAAGAGAUGCCCAAUAAACACCAAACUCGGAGUAUAAUCCAAUAUACAUAAUUGUAAAACAAACGUGUUGUGCUUUUUUGUCCUUGCAUGAUCUCACUUCUCCUUUGACCUUUCAACUUUCAGUCUGGCCUUGACCUUUGAACAUAGGGUUGAGAUCACAUGUUUUACACACGUUCUGCCAGCUGUUUGUAUAUAUGUACUGACACAAGCAUUUAGAGAAGAAGAGUUAGCAAUAUAGUACCAUAGAAUGGCCGUACGAUGGGGUGUGUGUGUAUGUUCAGGUCAACAAUUGACCUUUAAACUUUCUGUAUAAUCAAGCAUCUUGCCAUUACUAUUUAAGGAGUUAAACUACAUCUUUCUACAAGGAACCGUCCAAAAUCUUUCACACUUUUCUCACAAGUGAAGAAUUAUGUACAAGUCUUGUUAUUUGCCAUUUUAGAAUUAUAUGAACUAGCUUUUUGGAAAUGAUUGCAGCUGCAUUAUGGAUCAUAUACUGGCUUUAAUCAUCGCCAGGCUUGGCUGUAGCCUUUUAUCUAAAUCUGAAUGACCAAUGCCAAGAUAAACUAUUUAUUACGCUCUUACAUGAAACGGGAUCUCUUGUAACCUGUUUAGUAUUGUCUAGAUUGUCUAGCACUAACUCCACGUAAAACAUAUACCCUGGAUGCUUUCACUUUUCCUAUAAAACCCGACUCCUCUUUCAAAACUACAGUAGCAUUUCAUUUAAACAUGGAUAUUUUGAUCCAGAGGAAUAUCACUUGUAAAACGGCCAUGCUGUAAUUUGCAUUUUAUUGUUUAAGUUGAUCACAACAGAGUAUCAUUUAAUCUAGAAAUCCAAAGUUCUAGCAAACGAAUUUAACUCUACUGGCAUAAAACAAGCUAUGUUUAAUACAUAUUGUGAAUUUAAAGCUGAGCAGAUGAACAAUGUUCCAUUUAAGGAAAUAGUGUACGGAAAUCAUGGUGAUGGGAAAGGUCAAGGACAGUUUAGUGAUAGUAUUGCACAGCGUUAAUCUAAUUGACGGGCUGUGCACCAUUUCUGUUUUAAAAACAAUGUGUCAUUUACUGCAUCACAAACCUAGGUGCUGUAUUCUAACCAUGCACACAUUUACACGAGCCAAGCUCACGAUCAUCCCUUUUUAAAUGACUAGGUAUUUCUAUAAUUGUCAUGUCUAACUUUUGUCUAGAGUAAAUGGAACUUGUAUAACUAUGGAGUAUAACCUUAUUUGUCUUUCUCACAAAUAUACAUUAUAGUGAUUUAAAAAUAAAUAUGAGAUCGAAUUGCGGAAACUAGUUUUAAACUUAUAUUAACUGGUUUCUUAAUCAUUUGAAGAAGUUGAAAAUAGUAUGAUUAUAUCAAUUCAUAAAAGUUUGAGAGAAUGAUUCGAUGGAGACCAAGAGGUCACUGUGUGCAGUUUUUGAAGGUCUAUAAUGAACCUGGCUAGGAAUCACAGUAUCAUGACUUAUGCUCCGUAGUAUUCUCCAAGCAUCUUGUCAGCUUGUGCCCAAUGUAAUAACAGAAUAAAACUCUUAUCGGAGUUCUUACACAUUAGUUUUACUUCCAUGCAUUUAUUUAUCCUUUACCGUAGUGUUAUGAAUCUUCAAAAGGUUCCCACCAAUCACAAACUUGCUCAUCAUUGUCCGAAUUCUUUAUCGCAUUUACACUUUGCAUAUAAUCAGAUAUUUGUGGUGUUAUAAAUAACAAUGGUCGUGUGCUUUGAUUCCUACAGGUAGCCUUAAGAAGCAGCUUCUUCUGGUUCUGGUGGAUUUCGUUUUCAUAUUUGUAGCUGUUCAAACAACCCUAAUAUGGUUUGUCUUUAUUUUGGAACGAAAGAUAUCAAAAUUGAAAAAAACAAUCUGUUGUAACUAUUUGGAAAAUGAAAUGAUCAGAAACAGAAGGAAAAACCAAAAUCUGCAGCAAAGCACAAAAUCAGAGCAAUUAAAAGGGGCUCAUGUUUUAUAACAUCGGUCUCAUUUUUAUCAUCAAACGCUGAAAAAACAGACCUUUAUUGAAAUUUUGCCAAAUGGAAUAACAGCUUUACUUAAAAUAUCAACCUUUGAGUCUAAAUCCUGGCUCAAAACCUUCUGUAUUUCAUUAAAAAAAAAAAAAAAAUAUUCACUGGGUUGUUUGGCAAAUGUCACUGUACUGGUGUUUCAAAUGUUUGAUGAUAAAUAUAAAAUCCUGUUUAAUGAAGGCCACUGGUUGGCCCCUUUCUUGGCACUGGGAGGUACUUUGGGAGAUUGCUUGUGACCUUACAGUCUGCUGGCUAUUGUAUUCAAAUCACUACGUGGCUUAACAGGUGCUUCAAUUAACGCAGGUACUUAAUUCAUAAGUAGUCUUCAGUUUUUAUUAGAAAUCGUUUUUUCUUAGAUUGGCACUAGUUGCCUUUGUUUUUGAUUUGUGUUUCCGUUUAAAACAAAUAAUUCCAGGCUAUUUUUAUGCAAUUUUAACAUUUAUUUUAUUCGUGAAAAAAUUCUUAAAAAAUAAUGCAUGAUUCUUUUGGUGCUAAUCAGAUGAAUGUUUUUAUCCCACCGAAAAAUAACAUUUGUUCAAUAACAUUUUUUUUCUUUUUUUUUUCUCCAUAUUUUGUUUUUUUGUUUUCUUCAUUUGUUUCAAAUAAAGAAGAACAAGCCGUUAACAAGCAUAAUAUUCACCUAAUUUUUAUAUACCCGAAAUCUAUGAUAUCUUAAAAUGUUUUAAUAUAUAUUAUUGAGAAGAACCAGCAUGCAUUUGUUGCGAUACUAUUACCCUUCUUUUGAUCUCAAUAUUUUUAACUAUUUAGGAGUAUUUUGGUACAGUGUUUCCCAAACUAUUUCCUAUGUGCCAAUGGAGAUUAUGGACGGAAGACGUAAAGAGAAUAUACCCACUUACCUGUUGACCCCAGUGCUCAGGGUCAUGCCAUAAAAGACGGACUCUUAUUCUCGUUUCAGAUGACUGGAACAUAUUCUUAGGCGAAACCAUAUUGGAAAAUAUUAAAAGAAUAUUUGGACGAAAUAAUAUAAAAAAAAAAUGUAUCAAAAAAAUUUAGACAGACAUAGUUAAAAUACUUUGAAGCAGUUGAUUUUCUUUUUUGAUUUUUUUUCUGUUUCUGUUUUUUUUUUAAAUUAUAAAUGUAUUAGAUUUAAUAUGCAUAUUAUAAAAAUAACAAAAUAAAGAAUAGGAUUUUUAGACAAUAAGAGUAAUAAGUCUUGAUUUACUUGACAUUUCCGACAACUUAGAGGAGGACAUUGGUGCUUUGAGCAGUGGGGUGUUUGAUACAGACUGGGUUAUAAUGUUCUGACCACAAUCUUAGCUAUAAACACUUGGUAGUUUUGUUGGAUCCUCGCGGUGGAUGGACGGCUGUUUGCUAGGCUGGGCUUAUAACACCACUGAAGCUUUGCUGCUUCUACCCGUAAACUAAUCUUUUUCCAGGUUAGUCCUGAUAGUCCAUCAUCUGUACUAUCCCAGCAUGCAGUUGUGUAGUCUUGCACACGUUACAAAAUGGCAGCCAGCCAGCCAGCUAGCAUAGUGCGGUGUGUGGUUUUUCCCGCCCGCCCCAAAAAUGCUGACGUUUAAAGCAGCAAGACAGAAAAAAACUCACCAAAGUUGUUUAUAUCAUUGUAUGCCAAAGAUGUCUUCCAGUUACUUUCCGUGGAAAUGAGUGUAACUCAUAAAUUUGUUUAUUUAUGAAUAAAUGUGGUGACGUG